UAAAACUAACAAUAAAAUGAACAAUGACUCUACAAAUUCCAACCAUUACUUUUUAAAGUACUAAAAAUUUUCUCACAUCCGUUCACACUUAGGUUCCUGUUCAGCCUAUCUAUGACUACCUAGUCUCAGAACACCUCACACAAUCACAUAAAUAUAUACGAGGACAAGGAAUUUCAGAGUCUGUACUUCCGAUGUUUGGUUUCAUCUUCAUCUUUUCCAUUCCCACAUUCAACUAAAGAAAAAUGGAAAGAGCAAUUCAUACCAACCUGAAUCCAAAGUCACCAACCUCCAAACCCAGAAAUAAUGAAUCUUUUCCCUCUCUUCAUCAUCUCUCAUCUCAUAAACCAAACAAAUCUGAACCACACCAUAAUGAAGUUGCAACCCUUCACCAUGAUCCCACCUCAGAGCUCAGAACUUUUGGUGCACACAAGUACUUCAACCAUGACAACUUCCAAAAAGUAACCAUCAACAGCAACAGUAGAGUCUCUCCCCUGCUCAACAUCGACACAGAACACAAACACAAUCUUCCACAACAAACCUCCUUCUCUGAUUCUGCUUCAUCAUCAGUUCUUGCUGGACAUGGUAACUGCAACAACAACAACAUCAUCAACAACAACAUUAACAACUACAAAGCUCAUUCAUUCCAUGUUGCAACUCCAACAACUCCAUCACCUUCCUCAUCCAAACCCACCCUAAAUAACAAAGCUGGUUUGCUAUUCCACCACCCUCAGAAAAACCCAAUCUCAGUUCUAAACCCUCCUCAAACCUCCUCCAAUCUCACACACAAACUCAGAACUUCUCUGUCAAAACCCAUUUGGCUUUUCAGAAGAAAAUGCCCCUGCAAUGAUAAAAAGUCAGUGCAAGUCAAAGCAAACACAAAGAAAAACUCUGCAAAACCCAAAACCUCACCCCCACAACCUCAAACAACCCUCUCACCCAACCAAAUCCACAAAGGUUCCUUCAAUCACAAAGCAUCACCUCCAACAUCAUCGUCCAACAAGGACUUGAAAUCUCAAAGGCUGUUCCAAAUCCAACCUGCCAUGAACCAAUCCAAAAGCCCAUCAAAGGAAAGCUUCACUUUCCGUUCGGCCAUGGCAACAAUCCCCGCAAAACCUCUCAACGUUGUUCAUGAAGAAGAGGACACAGCACCACGAGAGUCCCUGCAUGUGUUCCAACCUCUGAGCCCCUCCAAAUCACAUGCCAUGGUGGAUGAUGAUGCGGCCAGUGAUGCAAGUUCUGAUCUUUUUGAGAUUGAGAGCUUCUGCACUCAACCCACUGCAACACUUCCAUGUCCCAUUGUUACACCCUCUGUUGCUGAGUGCCAUGAAACCACCGACCACGAGUUCUUCUUCGCCGUUGACGCCGGCAGCAGUUUGUGGCGGCGGCUUAGGGAUACGGAGGUGUUGCCACCGCUUUAAGAUCAAACCAUGAAGUCAACCAAUAAAGAACUUGGCUGAAGAGUCAAAUGGAUACUUUUUUUUUUUUUUAUGUCGCAAUUCAGUAAGUGUGAAUGUUAAUUAAUCUCUUCUUUUUGGUGCUUGUAAAAGUAAAUUCUUUUUAAUGUGUUUGAGGAAAAUGUCAAGUCAAAUUUGUGAAUAAAUUGAAAGCUUGU